CGCCGCCGAUCGGGGAGCCGUUCCUCUCUGCCCGAGGCGCGCUGGCGCCCUGGCGAGCCCCGCGGAUGCUGCUGCUAGGGGUGGUGGGAGCAGCCGUGGGACGCGUGGCCGGGAGCGGGGGUGACAGCCUGGGAUUCCGGGGGCUUCUCUGCCUUGUCUUCCUCCUCUCUCUAUCCCCAGUGUGGCUGUGGCUGACACUAAAGACUUUGUAGCCACCGACCAAGUGCAGUUUCAAUGGAAAAUGAAGGUUGCACGUUUUCAAAAAAUUCCUAAUGCUGAAAAUGAGACAAUGAUUCCUGUAUUGACAUCAAAAAAAGCAAGUGAAUUACCAGUCAGCGAAGUUGCAAGUAUUCUGCAAGCUGAUCUUCAGAAUGGUCUAAACAAAUGUGAAGUAAAUCAUAGGCGAGCCUUCCAUGGCUGGAAUGAAUUUGAUAUCAGUGAAGAUGAGCCACUGUGGAAGAAGUAUAUUUCUCAGUUUAAAAAUCCCCUUAUUAUGCUGCUUCUGGCUUCUGCAGUCAUCAGUGUUUUAAUGCAUCAGUUUGAUGAUGCUGUCAGUAUCACUGUGGCAAUACUUAUCGUCGUUACAGUUGCCUUUGUUCAGGAAUAUCGUUCAGAAAAGUCUCUUGAAGAACUGAGUAAACUUAUGCCACCAGAAUGCCAUUGUGUGCGUGAAGGAAAAUUGGAACAUACACUUGCACGAGACUUGGUUCCAGGUGAUACAGUUUGCCUUUCUGUUGGGGACAGAGUUCCUGCUGACUUACGCUUGUUUGAGUCUGUGGAUCUUUCCAUUGAUGAGUCCAGCUUGACAGGAGAGACAACGCCUUGUUCUAAGUUGACAGCUCCUCAGCUGGCUGCGACUAAUGGAGAUCUUGCAUCAAGAAGUAACAUUGCCUUCAUGGGAACACUGGUCAGAUGUGGCAAAGCAAAGGGUGUUGUCAUUGGAACAGGAGAAAAUUCUGAAUUUGGAGAAGUUUUUAAAAUGAUGCAAGCAGAAGAAGCACCGAAAACCCCUCUGCAGAAGAGCAUGGACCUCCUAGGAAAGCAACUUUCCUUUUACUCCUUUGGUAUAAUAGGUAUCAUCAUGUUGGUUGGCUGGUUACUAGGAAAAGAUAUCCUGGAAAUGUUUACUAUUAGUGUAAGUUUGGCUGUAGCAGCAAUUCCUGAAGGUCUUCCCAUUGUGGUCACAGUGACUCUAGCCCUUGGUGUUAUGAGAAUGGUGAAGAAAAGGGCCAUUGUGAAAAAACUGCCUAUAGUUGAAACUCUGAGCUGCUGUAAUGUCAUUUGCUCAGAUAAAACUGGAACACUGACGAAGAAUGAAAUGACUGUUACUCACAUAUUUACUUCAGAUGGUCUGCAUGCUGAGGUUACUGGAGUUGGCUACAAUUCAUUUGGAGAAGUGAUUGUCGAUGGUGAUGUUGUUCAUGGAUUCUGUAACCCAGCUGUUAGCAGAAUUGUUGAGGCGGGCUGUGUGUGCAAUGAUGCUGUAAUUAGAAAUGACACUCUAAUGGGGAAGCCAACAGAAGGAGCCUUAAUUGCUCUGGCAAUGAAGAUGGGUCUUGAUGGAGUUCAACAGGAUUAUAUCAGAAAAGCUGAAUAUCCUUUUAGCUCUGAGCAAAAGUGGAUGGCUGUUAAGUGUGUACACAGAACACAGCAGGAUGGACCAGAGAUUUGUUUUAUGAAGGGUGCUUAUGAACAGGUGAUUAAGUAUUGUACUACAUACCUUAGCAAAGGACAGACUUUAACCCUCACCCAGCAGCAGAGAGAUCGGUCCCAACAAGAGAAGGCACGAAUGGGCUCAGCAGGGCUCAGAGUUCUUGCUUUAGCUUCUGGUCCUGAACUUGGACAGCUGACAUUUCUUGGCCUGGUGGGAAUCAUUGAUCCUCCUAGAACUGGUGUGAAAGAAGCUGUUACAACACUCAUCGCCUCAGGAGUAUCGAUAAAAAUGAUUACUGGAGACUCACAGGAGACUGCAGUUGCAAUCGCUAGUCGUCUGGGAUUGUGUUCCAAAACUUCUCAGUCAGUCUCAGGAGAAGAAAUAGAUGCAAUGGAUGUCCAGCAGCUUUCACAAGUACUACCAAAGGUUGCAGUAUUUUACAGAGCUAGUGCAAGGCACAAGAUGAAAAUUAUUAAGUCUCUACAGAAGAAUGGGUCGGUUGUAGCCAUGACAGGAGAUGGAGUAAAUGAUGCAGUUGCUCUGAAGGCUGCAGACAUUGGAAUCGCAAUGGGUCAGACUGGCACAGAUGUUUGCAAAGAGGCAGCUGACAUGAUCCUGGUGGAUGAUGAUUUCCAAACCAUAAUGUCUGCAAUUGAAGAGGGUAAAGGGAUUUAUAAUAACAUUAAAAAUUUUGUUAGAUUCCAACUGAGCACGAGUAUAGCAGCAUUAACUUUAAUCUCAUUGGCUACAUUAAUGAACUUUCCUAAUCCUCUCAAUGCCAUGCAGAUUUUGUGGAUCAAUAUUAUCAUGGAUGGACCUCCAGCUCAGAGCCUUGGAGUAGAACCAGUGGAUAAAGAUGUCAUUCGUAAACCUCCGCGCAACUGGAAGGACAGCAUUUUGACCAAAAACCUGAUACUUAAAAUACUUGUUUCAUCAAUAAUCAUUGUUUGUGGGACUUUAUUUGUCUUCUGGCGGGAGCUACGAGACAAUGUGAUAACACCUCGAGACACAACAAUGACCUUCACAUGCUUUGUGUUUUUUGACAUGUUCAAUGCACUAAGUUCUAGAUCCCAGACCAAGUCUGUGUUUGAGAUUGGACUCUGCAGUAAUAAAAUGUUUUGCUACGCAGUUCUUGGAUCCAUCAUGGGACAGUUAUUAGUUAUUUACUUUCCUCCACUUCAGAAAGUUUUUCAAACUGAGAGCCUAAGUAUACUGGAUCUGCUGUUUCUUUUGGGUCUCACCUCAUCAGUGUGCAUAGUGGCGGAAAUUAUAAAGAAAGUUGAGAGGAGCAGGGAAAAGAUUCAGAAGCAUGUUAGUUCAACAUCGUCGUCUUUUCUUGAAGUAUGAUGCAUAUUGCAUUCUUUUAUUUUUGCAAACUAGGAAUUGCAGUUUGAGGAUCAUUUAGAAGGGCAAAUUCAAGAGGAUAAUGAAGAUUUGAGAACUUUUUAACUUUUCAUUGACUAAAAAUAAGCAUUAAUGCUAAAGACUUGAUUGAAGACUUUAACCUGCUGACAGUCCCAAAUGAAAUUAUGUAACUUUGAUAACACAUUCCUUGAUUUAAAUUGGCUUUUGAGAUUGAGGGGAACUUUAUAAAGCAUAUGGGCAUUUAUUUAAUAAAAAAAAAAAGGUGAAACCUAAACCACUUAAAGAGGUCUAAUAAUACAAAUACACUGUCUAUCUUAGAUAGAUAUAAAUAUUUUUUUUUUAAUUUUUAAAUAUUGUACUAUUUAUGGUGGUGGGGCUUUCUUACUAAUACACAAAUAAAUUUAAUCAUUUCAAAGGCA